AUGGAGUUUAUAAAGGAUGUAAAAGUUGUGCUUCAAGAUAAGAAGGAAAAGUUUGAUGAUUUCAUGAAACUCCUACAUGAUUUCAGGGCCAAAAGAAUUGAUAGAAGAGUCAUCAAAGAAGGAAUUAUGGAGUUGUUGAAAGAACAUCAAGAUUUAAUUUCAAGAUUCAACAUCUUCUUGCCACCAGGAGAUGAAAUCCCACUUCUAUUCCCAACGUCGUUUGCAACAGCAGUUAAAGUUGCAUUUCCAUAUAAGAUGGAAAAGUAUGAUGAAUUCUUGAAACUCGUAGUUGAUUACAAUGCCAAAAGAAUUGAUAUGAGAGUUUUCAAAGAAGGACUGAUGGAGUUGUUUAAAGACCAUAAAGAUUUACUUUUGGGACUCAACACUUGGUUGCCAGAGGGACACAAAAUCUCACUUCCAUUGGAUGGUGAUGAACAACAAGGUGAUGAUGGAUUAGAGUUGAAAUAUGAACUUCAAGUUGAUGAAGCGGCAGCGGCACUCAAAGAUGAAGAGAAAGAUGACGAACAAUAA